AGUUGUGCCGAGGAGCUUCAGCUCAGUCAUGAGAAAGGAAAAACAACUGGGCGGCAGGACGAGCGGUAAUCAGCCCCGACCUCAUUGCUGCUCCACACGCACCAUGGAGUGAUAAUGUUCGCGUUUGUUUAAUGUAUUUGUUUAGCCCGCUCGACACGGGGUCGUUUGAACCGAGCUAGCGUUAGUUAGCUGUGCCGGAGCUUUUCAGUGGCUGGGGUUCAGGAGCUGCUCCACUCGGGACAAAGCCUCGGUAAAGCUGGCGAGGUAAAGCCCAUGAUGAAUCGCUUCCGGAAGUGGCUGUAUAAGCCAAAGAGGUCAGACCCUCAGCUACUUGCCCAGUUUUACUACGCAGAUGAAGAGCUAAACCAGGUGGCCUCGGAGCUGGAUAGUCUGGAUGGCAGAAAGGACCCUCAGAGAUGCACACUGCUGGUCAACCAGUUUCGCUCAUGCCAGGACAAUGUGCUGAAUAUCAUAAACCAGAUCAUGGAUGAGUGUAUACCAGAAGACCGAGCAAACAGAGACUUCUGUGUGAAAUUUCCAGAGGAGAUCCGCCACGACAACCUUGCAGGACAGCUAUGGUUUGGGGCAGAGUGUCUAGCAGCAGGCUCAAUCAUCAUGAACAGGGAGAUAGAGAGUAUGGCGAUGCGACCACUGGCCAAAGACUUGACACGCAGUCUGGAGGAGGUACGCAACAUCACCCGUGACCAAGCGCUGCGAGACCUCAACUUUUACACAGAUCGCAUGAGGGAGGCGCUGCGCCAGUUUGACAGCCUUUUUGCUGAGUUUGAGCUCAGUUACGUAUCAGCCAUGGUGCCUGUAAAGUCUCCUAAAGAGUACUACGUCCAGCAGGAGGUGAUUGUGCUCUUUUGUGAGACUGUAGAGAGGGCCCUAAAGCUUGGCUAUCUCACACAAGACAUGAUUGAUGAUUAUGAACCUGCUCUCAUGUUUACAAUCCCCCGACUAGCUAUUGUGUGUGGGCUUGUUGUGUAUCCCGAUGGACCUCUUAACCUGGAAAACAAACCAGAGGACAUGUCUGAACUCUUCCGACCUUUUCGCACAUUACUGAAGAAAAUUAGAGACCUAUUGCAGACUCUGACAGAAGAUGAGUUAACGACCCUGGAGCGGAAUCUGUGUAUCUCCCAAGAUGGGGAGUUUCCUGAAGACUCCAUUUCCUCUACCCAGGAGUCUGAUCCCUCAAUCAACACCAAGAGUCAGGUUGAGGAGUCUCAGAAAAGAGAGGAGCAAAAGGAAGUGGAGACGGUGACAGAGCUGACCCUGUGUUCCUCUCACUCUGAGGAGGAGAGUGCAUGGGAGAAGGACCAGGAACAGCAGGAGGUGCUAAUUGAAGGGGAGGUGGAUGCUGAUUUGGACCUGGCCUGUUCCAUGCAAUAUGAUGAUGAGGAGAUUGAGCAGCUCAACAUGAUGGUACACCGUGUUGGUGAUCACAUGUCUACACUGCUCUCACCACCAAGCCAGAGGCCAUCUCCAGCUCACUAUCGCAGAAAGAAACAGCCCAGUGUGGGUGGAUCGAGUGCGCCCUCCAGCCUUGGGGGGUCAAGCACACCCUCAAGCACUGAAAACUCUCCUUAUCGAACUCCUGGCUCCCAACACGAGGAAGAUGAUCGGGUCUUCUUCAUGGACGACCUGGAAAGCAUGGGCAGUGGUGGAGAUGCUGGAAGUAGCUCAGGGGAACUCCGUCAAGGUCAGCAAGUCUCUCCCGUUGUGAAACUCGGAUCUCUUAAGCCACUCAGGCCAGAACCUACAAGUGACUCCACCUGCAGUGAAUGGGUGACGGCAUGUAAAUCAAAUGAGCCUUUUAAUCAAAGCAGCCAGGAUAAACUGUGCCUCUCUCUUGGACCUGCAGGAACCUCUGAAACACUACCACUUGUGAAUGGCUGGGAGGGGCAGCUGGAUGGGGAGGAAGAGGAAGGGGGAGAGCCAGCAGAGGUCAUUGCUCACCGGACAGGUGGGAUGAAGCUGUCGGCCACUGUGAUCUUUAACCCACGCUCACCUAACCAGUCUGAGUUGUCAGUUGUGCCACGUUCAACCGAGGGAACUGCUCACCGCCUGCUCAACUCCUGUGUAUGCUGCACUACUGGAUGUGUUGAUGCCCAUGAGGAACUCGCUACCACAGAUGCCACCACCGGAGAUGGGAAUCUGGAGUUUAGCAAGUGCAAACUCACCAUCACAAGCACUGUUAUCCAGUCAGCGACGGGUGCCUGUGGCACGGGAAAGGGAGAUCCCCCUUUGUCUCUCCCACCUCCACCUGGCCCACAACACCUGAGGGAGGAGAAUGAGGAUGAGAGAGGAAGACUUCUUAAUGCCCCCUGUUGUGACAAGUGCCUUGUCAAUAGUCUCAAGCUAUCUCCAUACAGAGACACCGAAGAAGACGAGUCAAGAAAUGGAUGCGCUCUUCAGGAAAGAGCCUCUCAAGUAAUGGCUAGCUCUGCGGCAAAGGAGAAACAGCCCAAAGACGACAGCAAAAGUGACUUCAGUUUACAGGGAUCCCCUCUCAGUUCAGGCAGCAGCAGUGACUGUGAGAGUGUGUCUGUCACCACAUGCAGUCUGUCCAGUUCAUGUACCCCCAGUAGUUUGACCACCAGCUCUGAGAUGUCUGAGGACCUUGAUCAUCAGGAGCUUCAGCUGGCACUGCAGGCUUCUAAGCUGGUGGCUCACAACAAAAUACGUGCUCGCUUCCACAGCAGUAGUGACCUCAUCCAUCGGCUGUUUGUCUGUAUAUCAGGUGUGGCCGAUCAAUUGCAAACUAAUUACGCAAGUGACCUGAGGAGUAUUCUGAAGACACUGUUUGAGGUUAUGGCAACAAAAUUUGAGCAAGGGGACACCGAGAAGCAGAACAAAGGACCGAGAGUCGGAAGAGCUGGAUUAGAAGACUGCGCUCUUUGUCAGGAGACCAUGACUUCAUCAGAACUUGCAGCAAAGGCACGGGAUGGCCAGUUUGAAGACCCUCCUGAGUGGGUUCCCGAUGAGGCCUGUAACUCCUGCAUUGCUUGUAAGGCUCCUUUCACGGUUAUCCGGAGGAAGCACCACUGUAGGAGCUGUGGAAAGAUCUUCUGCUCCCGCUGCUCUUCACAUUCAGCCCCCCUCCCCCGCUAUGGUCAGAUGAAGCCUGUGCGAGUGUGCACUCAUUGCUACAUGUUUCAUGUCACACCUUUCUACAGUGACAGGACUAGUGUUUGACUGUAACCCAACCUUGCACCACCAUCACACAUGGACAUAAGCACAUUUACCAUGCGGAGAAAUGGAAAAGUUUAGCGAAAGCUGCACAGUUUUUUUUUUUUUUUUUUUUUAACUGGUUGAGUUUGUGCAUGUGCACAAACACGCACAUUUACAUAACCAUAUACAUGUACAUAUUGGAGAAGCAACCAUGAGCAAAGAACAAAUUAUCGUUGAAGUAUCAAUUCAUAAAUUAUGUAAACUUAAUAAUUGCUUAUUAUCAAGCACACUGAGAAAUGGCACCAAAGUAUUUGCUGUAAUUUUCUUAAAUAGAGCAUGAAGUGAAUUGACACAACUGAAUUAUGAUCCAAGGUCCAGUCUAAGGGACUCUCACUCAGUGCUUAGUUAGAUUUUAAAAAGUUAUUAGUCUUUUGCUAAUGGCGAUUUGAUUUAAAUGUUCGAUAGGGCUCAUAUUCAUUACUGAAUGUAAACCGUGACGGACACAUGAGCAACUGUGACAAGUAUAAAAGACAAUAAUAUAGAUAUUAUUUGCACAAUUGAUUAUGUCAAUAUGUGGUUAUCAUAACAUACUGAAGUUUUUAUUAUUACUGUUCAAAACGUUUAAUUAAGAAAAGAUGCUGCUUUCUGUAAUAUAAGAAGUGAGGCUUUAGAAUAUGUGGAAUGGCUAAAAAUGAUAUGUAUAUAUGCAGAAGUGGGUAUGUAUCUAAUGAAUAAGAAGAUUCACCUUUUAUGCUCUUAAUAGCAAUGAAUGUGUAAUCAUAUAGAUGCUUUUUUUUAUUUAUUAGUAUUUACUGAACUGGAAAGUAAUUGCCUUUACAGCAGCUAUUCUUCUAGACAAGUCUCUCCUGCCUUUUCUCCUAAAAGUAGUACAAUUUCUUUUUGUGUAUGUGUAAUUACAUGGACUUUGGGCUUUUGCAUGCUUCUUGUAAGGUUUCGAGGUGACAGCUUCUCCAAACACAAUUUGGGCCAUUAAAAAAAAAAGCAAAUAACAUGGGAAACCAUUAUUAGAUUUGGGCAUUAAUCUCACAGCACUAAUUUUAGUAGAAGUAAACAGUUCACCCCCCUACCUCAUCUGUUUAGCAGAAUUCCUCUCAGUAUUUUACCACUUAACCUCAACCUUCUGACAUCCAAAAAAAAAAAAAAUCAUUACAAUUGCCCUACAAUAAUUACAUUACAAUAAUCUGCUUUGUAAUACACCCUGUCACUGUCUCAGCAUUUAGUGUCCUCAGUAUUUCUUUGUCUGACUAAUAGGAAAAUAAACCUAUAUGUUUGUGCUUGUGUAUAGUCAAAUAUAAUCAUACAUGUCAUAAACAGCAAACUUUAAAAAUUUUAGAAUUCCAAUUAUUAAUUUUACCAGACCUUUACACAUCAAAUCAAAUACUGUUUUUAUUCUCGUUAAUAAUUUAACUAUACGCUGUUCACUAACUAUAAACUAUAAUGCUUUCCUCCUUCGUCCUAUUAGUUCUUACCAAAACCGCUUUUCUUUAUAUAUAAAAUAGGCAUGUCCAGGUUUGCAAACAUUUUAUCUUGAGAAAAUUCAUUUAUAAGAAAAUGUUUAUACUAGUUUCUCAGUUUCAUACAGUUGCCUUCUUGUUCUUCACUCUUUAAGAGUUUACCUCAUUGUCUAUACCUCUAUGCUUAUAUAAAGUUUUGAGAUUUGACCAAGUUAGAGAGGUGUGCACACACUUCAGGACAUUAAUGUUCACAUUAGUGUUUUCAAUUCUGCUAACCAUUCCACAUUAUAUUUAUAAAAUUUAAUUGUCUUAAUUCUACAAUGCUUAUGUAAUAUUGCAACACUACAUGUGCUAGCUAUUUACAGGCCUUGUUCUUGAAUUUGUCCUGCUUUUUUCAGACACCGUUUGUGGUAUCCUCAAUGUUUGAGGUCCUCUAACAGCAGUACUCAGUGUACGUAGUACAUCAGAGUCUGCUAACUCAAAGCUUUAAAAUACAGUACCUCUAAACUGCUCAGCCCUUACUCUUAUAUUAUUUAUUAUAUUGGUUGUAUAGAUUCAUUUUCAGUUAAACUUUUUGUUGUUGUUCCUGCACAGCUAGGCAACCAGCUGUCUGCUACUGGAGUCUAUGAGAACACACUGUUGCUAGAAAAUUGUAUACAGUUGUUUACAUUUGUUGCAAACAUCACAUAAUAAGCUUAUGUAUUUUAGACUCAAAGAUGUAAAGGGCGCUUUAGAUUGCUGUAUAAUAGGUUCCCUUAUAAUGUUGCUUCCUUUCUAAUGUUGUUGCUGCUCCUCAGGACUAUGACUUUACUUUGCUUUAAUGCUAGGGAAAGCUUCAUCUUUAAAGAUAUGUACACUCAAAUUUGAGAAUGCAAACCAACCAAAUGUUGAGUUCUUCCCAUUGUAAUUUUUUUUCUUUGCAAAUCCAGCUUUCGGCCUUGGUGUGUGAAGUUAUUUAACUCACUACCAAUCCUCAGGCCUUAAUAAUUGUGCAGUUAUUUUGCAUCUUAAGUUAAAAAAUAUUUUACAAAGAUGAUAAUAAUAUAUAGAAAUGUACAAAGAUUUUUUUCUGUAUAAAUAAUCUAUGAGAGAAUUGUACACCCUAUUUAUUCAAAGCUUGUUUUUAUUUUAAAAUGGCUGUUUCAAUUCAAUAAGUCAUAAAGGAGAGCUUUUCAAAGUCUUUAAUUAAGUAUUUGUCAUGCAAUGAAAGUAAUAAAUUACCAUUUUCCUUUAAAAA